AUGACCAAGCAGUUUGAGUUACAAGCCAAGCAGAAUGAGCACUUUGAAAAAUCCAUCCAACAACUCAUUGCUCAAAAUAAGGUGAUAGAAACCCAACUUGUUCAACUUUCACAACAAGUGAGUCAUUUAUCAAAACCUCGAGAUCCACCAAAAAUCCAAAAUGAGCAAUGUAGUGCGAUAUUUCUUAAAGAUGAUGGAGCGAGUGUGGAAAGAUUUGUUGAGAAAGAUGGAGAAGUGCUUGGAAUGAUCAAGGAGAAGGGUGUGAGAGAAAAGGUUCCCAUUUAUGUUGAUCCACCCCCGUACGAGGACCCUGUGCCCUUUCCUCAAAGGUUGACAAAGAGUGUGCUCGAUAAGCAUUUUGGGAAAUAUUCUGAGACUCUUAAGAAGGUAUAUGAAACUGUCCCUUUUUCUGACCUUUUGAUUCAAAUGCCUAAAUUUGCUAAGUUUUUGAAAGAAAUAUUAGCCAAUGAUAGGAAUUGUGAUAAAUCAGAAAAUGUGAUUGUUAAUGAGUUGUAUUCCACCUUGAUGCAUGAGAACCUACCACCUAAACUGAAAGACCCUGGAAUUUUUACUAUUCCUUGCAUGAUCAAUGAAACAUAUUUCGAUAGGGCCUUAUGUGAUUUAGGUGCUAGUGUCAAUUUAAUACCUUAUUCGCUAUAUGAGAAAUUAGGUUUGAAAGAGCUUAAACAUUCUCCUAUAUCUCUUCAAAUGGCUGAUAGGACUGCUAGAUUCCUUAAGGGAAUAGUUGAAGAUGUAUUAGUCAAAGUUGGUGAUUUUGCUUUUCUUGUUGACUUUGUUGUAAUGGACAUGAAAGAAGACUUUGAUAUUCCUUUGAUCUUUGGUCGUCCAUUUUUAGCUACAAGUCAAGCUUUAAUAGAUGUCCCAAAGGGACAAAUGAUAAUUAAAGCUCAAGAUAACCAAGUCGUAUUUAAGAUAUUUGAUGAUCCGAAUUUCACUUUUGAUGGGGGUACUUGUAUGAGAAUUGAUGCUACUAAUCCCUUGGUUGAUAAGUGUGUACAGAACAAUCAUUUGAGAAAGGAAAACAUCUUAUCCAUGUUCGCACUCUUGGAGAAUUUAAACACCUGGAUGAAGUCACAAGGGUUUCCAAACCCUUCUCUUGCCCCUCCUCAGUGA